AUGACUACUCCAUUGGUGAUUGAGAGCUCUUCACUCUCCGAUUCUCGGAAGCUUGUGAGAGAAAAGAUCAUACCUUGGGAAGGAUUGGCCAGAGCAGGUAUCAUUAAUAACGACCAGGCGGAUCUUAUCAAAAUCUUGGAGACACAAAAUGCUGAUUCCAAACGUGAGACAGUCUUGAGCUCCGUGGACUUGUAUUCGAAAACUAUCUUGAACUUGUUGAACAAGUUGGAGAUAAACUCCAGGGACGAUGUCUUAAAGAGUGUGUUGGUGUUAUUGAGCGAUUUGUUGACAGACCCCGAGGCCAAGGUGUUCUUGAAGACUCUUUUGGGAUUAUCAAAGGUUGACUCAUCAUUGCCAUUCCAUCCAUUCGUGAAGCAUUUGGACAAUAACGAUCUGCUUAUCAAGACAUUGAGUUUCUACAACUUGGUUAUCUUGUUGGGCAAGGCUGCGAAGGACGACAUCGAGGUUGAUAAGGAAGUUUUGAUUAAACUCUUCGACUUGGCUUGCUCCAAGACCUACAUUGGUAACACGACCGACCAGAACCUGCAAUCGAUUGGUGUUCAAUUAUUGCAGGACUUGAUCGUUCACAAAAACUACCGAGCCAUUUUCCAAGAACACAAUUUGGUGUCAAAUUUCAAGAGCAUCAACACAUUGAUAGAAUUGCUGGCCAAGAAGCCUAAUACUACCAAUUUCCAGCUUUUGUACUAUGUCUUUUUGACAGUCUGGAUCCUAAGCUUCUCAAGUACCAUCAACAAGACAAUCGUGCACAACUUUCCACAACUCAUUGGCAAUCUUUUGACUGUGUCGAAGGAAUCCAUCAAACUUAAAGUGGUGAGAGUUGCGAUUUCAGCAUUGAAGAACUUCGUGGCAGUUACUGUGAGCAACCUGGAACAAUACAGUGUCGUCAAGUUGGUGCUUUUCCACGAUGGCUUGAACAUAGUCAAGACCAUCCAGACCAGAAAGUUCGCAGCAAAUGGAAGCGAUGAUGAAUUGUCGUCUGAUUUGGCCUACUUGAAUGACACCUUGUCGGAAGUUGUUUCGAGCAAGUUGUCCUCCAUGGACGAAUACUUAGUAGAGUUGGAAAACCCGGAGUUGUUGAGCUGGUCCUCCCCUACACACAAGUCAUCUGAAUUCUGGCAAGAAAAUGCCCACAAGUUCAAAGACAACAACUUCAAACUUGUUAAGAAAAUGCUAGAGAUAUUGACAGCAGACAAUACUCCGAUUUCCAAGGUGAUCCUCUUGAACGACUUGCAAUUUUUAAUCAAGAAUCUCGGCAGCGACGUCAUAAACUUUCUCAACACCGAGAAGGGUGGUCAGUACAAGUUGUUGAUCAUGACCUUGUUGGAGAAUAACGGCGGUGACAAUGAAUUGAAAUACGAAGCCUUGAAGACCAUUCAGCAUUUGGUGGAUAAAUUCCAGUACCGGGAUGAACGAGAAAAGUCAUUUACUGAUGGUAUCAAAGUUCCUACAACGCGAAUCAUCAAGGUUUGGGAGCAUGAAAUCCCCUCCAUCACAUCUUUAGUGGACAACGGUUUCUACUACACCCCACAAGAAAGAAUCAGGAUCAGGUAA